AUGCAACUCUUUAGAAGUAAACCUGCUGACGCACAAGAGCCAGAAAGAUCCGAUACAACUGAAGUAGUCGAUGAGGACUUUUCAGAAUAUUUCAAAGGCAUUGAGUUGAUUUCAACAGACAAUGAUGAAGUCAACCCAAUUUCAAGCAGUUCGUUAGCCAAUUGGGAGUCGAGUCUUCUUGCACAACCAAAGAAUAUUUUAGCAAGAAACGUCCUUUCGCAAACAGAUAUCGAGAAAGUAAUUGCCAAGAGUGACCAAGCAUCCAAGUUAAAAGACAGGUUCUUGUUCAAUACUACGGUUAGCACAAUUGGAUCUCCUGCGUUCCAAAAUAACCAGAAAUCGUCAGGAAGGUGUUGGAUAUUUGCAGCGUCAAAUGUUUUCCGUACCUCGGUGAUUAAGAAUUACAGUUUGAAGGAGGAUGAGUUUCAAAUCUCUCAAAGUUAUUUGUUCUUUUACGACAAGCUUGAAAAGGCAAAUUUCUUCUUGGACAAUAUCGAAGCUACUGCUGCCGAUGAACCUUUGGAUUCAAGAUUGACCCAACAUUUGUUACACGACCCAGUGGGCGACGGUGGUCAAUGGGAUAUGAUCAUUAACUUGGUCAACAAAUACGGUUUGGUUCCACAUGAAGUAUUCCCUGAUAAUUUCCAAACAACAAAGUCUGCUGGUCUCAACAAGUUUGUCACCAAUAAUUUGAGACACUAUGCUUUGAAGCUUAGAGAGUUGGUUGUGAAAGGUGCCUCCAAAUCGAGUAUCAAGACAUUUAAACAAGGAGCAGUUCAAGAGGUUUACAAGAUAUUGGCACUAACUAUUGGUAUACCACCAAAGCCAUCAGACGAAUUUGUUUGGGAGUUCUUGGAUAAGGAUGGCAAGUAUAAGCAUUUCAAGACAAAUGCAUUGGAUUUCUAUAAAACCCAUGUCAAGUAUGAUGCAGCAGCGCAUUUUUCGUUAAUCCAUGAUCCCAGGAACAAGUAUGAUGAAUUGUACACUGUUGACAAGUUGAACAAUAUCACAGGUGGUAAGCCGAUUGAGUACGUUAACACAGAAAUUGAAGAAAUCAAGAAUGUUGCCAUCAAAAUGUUAAAGGAUAACGAGCCCAUAUUCUUUGGUUCAGAUGUUGGUAAGUUUGGUGAUAGAGUUACUGGUGUUUUAGAUACUACUGCUUACGAUUACCAGAGUGUUUUUGAUGUCGAUUCAAAACUCGACAAGGCUCAAAGGUUGGAAGUUGGUGCUUCACAAAUGACCCAUGCUAUGGUUAUUACUGGUGUUCACAUUGACCCUAGCACCAACAAACCGGUUAGAUGGAAAAUUGAGAACUCAUGGGGUGAAAAUUCCGGUAAUAAAGGAUGGUAUAUGAUGACCGAUGAAUGGUUUGAUGAGUAUGUUUAUCAAAUUGUUUCCAAUAAAAAAUAUGUCACCAAGAAGACUUUUGACGUUUGGAAAGCUAAGGAGUUUAAUGUUUUACCUUACUAUGAUCCAAUGGGCUCGUUGGCCUAA